GAAAAAGUGGCUUGCGGGCAGGAAUAGAAAGCCGCCGCUCAAAAAAAUUUAUUAUGCUCUCUCGUCUCUUCUUACAUUACCGAACUAUGCCCAAGAUCAUUGGUACUCACAGCGGUCACUUCCACUGCGAUGAAGCUUUAGCUGUAUGGAUGCUUAAGCAGAUCCCUCAAUUCAAGGAUGCCAGCCUUGUCCGUAGCCGUGACCCCGCCAAACUUGCCGAAUGCGAUGUUGUCGUCGAUGUCGGCGGUGUCUAUGAUCCCGAGCAGAACAAAUAUGACCAUCACCAGCGAGGUUUCCUCGAAACUUUUGACGCAGACCAUAAGACCAAGUUGAGUAGUGCUGGUCUUGUGUACAAGCAUUUCGGUCGUGAGUUGAUUGCCACCAUCUUGGGCAGCUCGGAAGACGAUGCUCAGAUUCAAACCGUGUUUGAAAAGACCUACAACGAUUUUGUCGAAUCUUUGGACGCCAACGAUAACGGUAUCAGCGCUUACCCCAGCAACCUCACACCCCUUUUCAAAGAAAGCCCUACAAGCUUACCUUCCCGUGUGGCCAAAAAGAAUCCUGCAUGGAACGAAAAAUUGUCUGAUCCCGAAAUCGACGCCCGUUUCGUAGCCGCCUCUGAUAUGGCCGGUGAAGAAUUGAAAGAUUAUAUUAUGUCUUUGGCCAAUGCCUGGCUUCCUGCACGCAAGUUGGUCGUGGAUGCCUUGGAACGACGAUUUGAAAUUCACCAUUCGGGCCGUAUGAUUGCUUUGGAACAGUCUUGUCCCUGGAAGGAGCAUUUGAUGGAGUUGGAAAAAGAACGUGGUUUGAUCGAUGACAAGUCAAUUUUGUAUAUAUUAUAUCCCGAAAACGGCCCCGAAGGCAACUGGCGCAUUCAGUGUGUGCCUACUCGCCCUGAAGGUUUUGAAAACAGAAAGAGUCUUCCCGAACCAUGGAGAGGUUUCCGUGACAAUGAAUUGGACAAGAUCGCCAACGUCGAUGGCUGCAUUUUCGUUCAUGCCGCUGGUUUUAUUGGUGGCAACAGAUCUUAUCAAGGCGCUCUUGAUAUGGCUCGUCUUGCCGUAGAAAUGUAGAUACAUUCUCAUUUGAUAUUUAAUCUCAACAUCCCAUAUCAUUAAACACUUUCAUUUUAUCAAUUUUCUUCAA